AUGGAGCGUCAGCUAGCCGGUCUCUCGUCGCUAGUGCAUUCUGCACUGGUCAGUAAAGGAAUGAGCGAAACCAGUCAACGUGACAUGCAAGAACUUCGAAAGCAAAUCCUGGCACUUCAUCCUGACGUAGUUUCGGUAGCAUCAGAGAGCAGCAUUCCAAAUAGCGUGGAUCACUCGUUGCCGGAUUCAGUGUUUCUGAGCGGUGAAACACAGCAACAGCUUCUCAAGCUGAAACGCCACGUGACGGAUACGAAAAAUCAGCUCAGACAAAUUCGACGGGCUGCACAGGUUAGGAAAGUUCAUUGGCGUAACAUCAAGAACCACAAUCAGCGAUUUUAA